AUGCAAGCUAUUGCUGAUAGUUUUAGCGCACCAAACAGACUAGUAAAGGAACUUCAGUAUGACGACGAGCAAAAUUUAGAAAAUGAUUUCGUAACAGGGGCAUCUCAAUUUCAACAUAUGGCGCCAAUGCUCACGGUUCCACCUAUUGCGUCUCCGCAACAGUUUUUGAGGGCACACACGGAUGAUUCACGAAACCCAGACUGUAAAAUCAAGAUCGCCCAUGGUACGACCACCCUAGCAUUUAGAUUCCAAGGCGGUAUCGUGGUAGCAGUAGAUUCUCGUGCUACUGCUGGCAAUUGGGUUGCCUCCCAAACGGUGAAGAAGGUUAUUGAGAUCAACCCGUUUUUAUUGGGAACAAUGGCUGGUGGUGCGGCAGACUGUCAAUUUUGGGAAACUUGGUUGGGUUCUCAGUGCAGGCUGCACGAAUUAAGAGAGAAGGAACGUAUAUCCGUUGCGGCUGCAUCGAAGAUUUUAAGUAAUUUGGUAUAUCAAUAUAAAGGUGCAGGUUUAUCAAUGGGUACUAUGAUCUGCGGUUACACCAGAAAAGAAGGUCCUACCAUUUAUUACGUCGAUUCAGACGGUACAAGAUUAAAAGGUGAUAUUUUCUGUGUUGGCUCAGGUCAAACGUUUGCAUAUGGUGUUCUGGAUUCUAAUUAUAAGUGGGAUUUAUCCAUUGAAGAUGCUUUAUAUCUAGGCAAGAGAUCUAUUUUAGCAGCUGCCCACAGAGAUGCUUACUCUGGUGGUUCGGUGAAUUUAUAUCAUGUUACUGAAGAUGGUUGGAUAUAUCACGGUAAUCAUGAUGUCGGUGAACUAUUCUGGGAAAUCAAGGAAAAGGAGGGAUCUUUUAACAACGUCAUUGGCUAA